UCAAGACAACGCGCUGACAACAUGCAAUGAAAGGCAAGUGGAUGCAGGGAUGUGGGCACCUGGAUGUGACGGAGUGAAGAGUCUCUGUCCACAGAGAGGGAGAGAGAGAGAGAGAGAGAGAGAGAGAGAGAAAGAGACAGAGAGAGAGAGAGAGAACAAAAGAUAGAAAGUGGGAGGGAGGAAGUCCUGUACUUUAAGCUUUCUCAUCAAGAUGUUAGACGUCAGAUGUUACUUACCAGAGGAGGAGCAAAGUGAGGGAGAAAGGCAAGGGUGACCAGGAGGGGAACAAGUGGAUUCUUAGUUUGUUAUUAUUAUUAUUUUUUUUUUUCAUGCACGUGGGGUGAAAAGAGAGAGACUCUCCUCUCUGUGGGUCAGUCGCUGACAGAAGAUGAAGAGCCAAAUCACCAACGCCCUCUCCGAUUUCUUCUUUGAGUACGAGACCCCUCGUCAGGUGCUGGUGAGGAACAGGAGGGUGGGAGUGGUGUGUCGGCUGAUCCAGCUGGGGGUCCUGGCUUACAUCAUAGGGUGGGUAUUCAUCUACGAGAAAGGUUACCAGUCCACGGACACAGCAGUCAGUUCCGUCUUCACCAAAAUGAAAGGUGUGGGCUACACCAACGUGAGUGGAAAAGAGAGAAUCUGGGAUGUGGCCGACUACGUCUUCCCUUCUCAGGGAGACUCAUCAUUUGUUGUGAUGACGAACUACAUCAUAACCGAAGGUCAGACGAUGGGAAAGUGUCCAGAGCUCCCAGACAAGCACAACUGCACCUCAGACGCUGACUGCAAAGGAGGGAGUUUCAAACGUACGGGACAUGGACAAAUGACUGGAGUCUGUUCGAAAACCACCAAGACCUGUGAGGUGUUAGCCUGGUGCCCAGUUGAGGAUGAUACCAAGAUACCGGAUAAACCUCUGCUGAUGUCUGCAGAGAACUACACACUGUUCAUCAAAAACUCUGUGACUUUCCCAUUAUUUGAUGUCACAAGGAGCAACCUCGUGGAGGGCAUAGAUGCUCAGUACAUUAGCAAAUGCCUUUACGAUCCAAACGAUGCUCCACUGUGUCCUAUAUUCAGACUGGGAGACAUAGUUAAGCUGUCGGGCUUCAACUUUGAAACAAUAGCUCGUGUGGGAGGGGCCAUUGGUAUUGUUGUUGACUGGACAUGUAACUUUGAUGUGGCUGAGAAACACUGUAAACCGCAGUACAACUUCCACGGUUUGUAUGGGAACCCCACUGAGACAGACAAAGCCAGAGCUUCAGUGGGCUACAAUUUCAGGUAUGCAAAGCAUUACAUGGAAGAUAAAGUUCAGAAAAGAACUCUUCUCAAAGUGUUUGGCAUCAGGAUCGAUAUCAUCGUCCAGUCUCUGGCCCGAAAGUUUGAUAUCAUCCCGACGCUGACAGCAAUAGGCUCUGGCGUGGGAAUUUUUGGAGUGGCAACUGUAGUUUGUGACUUAGUGCUGCUCUAUUUUCUGCCAAAAAGAGAAUUUUACAAGAACAUGAAAUUCAAAUACACACACUCACAAACUCAGGAUCCUGAUUCAGAGGCAGGCAGCACCGAGACUGAGGUAAAAGUAAGACAUUUUUGGAGGUCAAUGAAGUCCAUCAUUUUUGUGAGGGCUGAUUAUUUGUCUUUUGUGUGUGCAGAAGUGAAUUGGGAACAAGCAAGGCGAUAGCCGUGUGACUUUCAUGGGUUAGCUGCACCGGGACGAAGCCACAGGCCCCUGCAAGAAAACACACUUUAAACGGAGGACACCAUCAAUUGACACUGCCUGACGUGUCCUGUACGUCUUCUACCAACAACACCCUUGCACUCCUCAAGCCAUCCCGAGUGACUGUGAUUCUUGCCCAUUGUCUGUAGAGCCGGAGAUAGCCGUGGCCCGGCUGUUAGUGUGUAUUUCUUUGGGUGUAGCUCGGUUUACUUUUUCUUUGGGUGUAACCUCCACCUCUUAAACCGUUUCUGUUUCCGAACAGGUGACAGUUUUGCUCUGUGUGUACACAACUUGCCCAUUACCUCUGUCACUGUCAGAGACACACACACAUAGCGUGUGGACACUGACGUGCCACUCACAGAGUGAUUCAUCUCUCUUGCGCACCUUGUGAUCAACUGUUAAAUAAAAGACAGAGAAAAUAAUCAA